GGGUGACCAGAGCUCAGAAAGUCCCAGGUUUAUGGAAAUUAGCAGUGACACAACUGUGCAAUAACUAAAUCAGAGGAAGGAGGGUCUUGUUAGCUAGCUGUGCUGGAUUAGCUAACAGCCAAAGAGACGCUGUGCUGGAUAUGCUGACAGCCAAUGAGACGCUGUGCAUGCUGUUUGGAAGCUACACUGACAAAGGGAGAACUGGCCAGCAGAGACAAGGGCAGAAGACAAAUGAGGACAUCUAUAUUAGAGGAGCUUCAUGACCUGCAGAGGGAUCCGCCAGCACAGUGCUCUGCUGGACCCGUGGGAGAGGACUUGUUCCAUUGGCAAGCAACAAUAAUGGGGCCAGGUGAUAGUCCAUACCAAAGUGGGGUCUUCUUUCUCACAAUCCACUUCCCCACCGACUAUCCCUUCAAGCCACCAAAGGUAGCAUUCACAACAAAGAUCUAUCAUCCAAACAUCAACAGUAACGGGAGCAUCUGCUUGGACAUCUUGCGAUCCCAGUGGUCUCCAGCAUUAACUGUAUCAAAAGUUCUGUUGUCCAUAUGUUCGUUGCUUUGUGACCCGAACCCGGACGACCCCUUAGUUCCAGACAUAGCACAGAUCUACAAACUAGACAAAGAGAAAUACAACAGACUAGCAAGAGAUUGGACUCAGAAGUAUGCAAUGUAAAGGCCCUCCUGAAGAUUUUUUUUUAAAGUCACAAAACACUGUACAUUCUGGUAAUAGAAAGUAAACUUAGGUGAUAUGGAACACAUUGUACUGUCAACAUUUAUCAUGUGAACCCAUGAACUAUAGAUGAUUUUGUGUUUACAGGGGGUAUACACUGCACAUAUGUACAUUAAGGGUGAUAGAUAUGGGGGACAACAACUGUACAUUGUUGUUAUCCCUACUUCCUGGUUUUGGGAACUUUUGUUUCUCGUCUCAUGAAUGGAAGAGGAAGUCAUUAGAAUACUGUAGCCCACGGUUACAUUCAGAAUACUGUAGCCUGCUGUUCCAGUCAUCAGAAUACUGUAGCCUGCUGUUAGUCAUCAGAAUACUGUAGCCUGCUGUUCCAGUCAUCAGAAUACUGUAGCCUGCUGUUAGUCAUCAGAAUACUGUGGCCUGCUGUUAGUCAUCAGAGUACUGUGGCCUACUGCUGCAGUACAACAUACUCAUGGCUCUGCUGACUGUCACCCAUAAAGAGGGAAAUUGAGGAAUCAAACCAAUUUUACAGUUUUUUUAAUUUUAUUGUAUCAAACUAUUCUGGACCUACUUUAGUUGUUUUAGCAUUAAGUCAGAACUUCAUUAAAACAUUGAAAUACAUUCUCUGCCAUUAAAAGUGAUUUAGGGGCUUCAGUUAUGGCUAUGGCUUAUACUGUUUAGCACUUUUGUAUAAUUAAAGAAUGGUACUUUA